GGAAGGUGGUCCUGGGCGAAAAACACCGUCCAGAAAAGCAACCGACGGGGCAAGUUUAUGUGUUUUUGUACAGUCCCUUCAUCUCCAAAACAAACCCGUAAACUGCUUAGUUGACCCAAAAAUGUCGCUAACAGAUGAAGUGACGUUUUUGACUUGUUGGUCCUCCGGAGGAAAGUUGGGAAAGUACGAGGUGAAAAUGGAGAGCCCAGCUGAGUGAGAGUGGGGUGAGGAGGCUGGAUUUGGCAAAGUUGGGAGUCCUGCCCUGCUGCUAGCAGGCUAGUUAGCAUGCUCAGACUCUGCGCUAUCUCGGAUAAAGCUUCCCUGCGCUGCUCUCCAGCCUGCGAUUCUCCAGGGGAGCUGCUUUAUCUGUGGCAAGACCGCUGCUGACAUUGCAGCUUCCCCCCAUGGAUGGGAGCAUAGUUGAUGAUCUUAUUUUCUGUGGAAGUUGUGACUGAAUCUUUCUGCAUUUCUCCUAAAGGCAGCAGCACUUAAACUCCUUUUUUUUUCAAGAACUUCUCCCCCCGCUUCCCUUUGCCCCGAUCGAUCAUUUUGGCCCACAAGUAUCCAUAGAGCUGCACUCAGUUUUCUCUCAAACAUUCAACGUAUUACCACAUCUGAGAUGGGGCCCUGGUAGGUUCUUAAAGGGGCUUGAGGUACCCCCUGCCUGCCGACUGUGCAGCCUGUGUGUGCAAGUGUGAGACCCACUGGCACAGGCCUAUAAAAGAAUACUUUCACAAAAAGACAACCAGUGAUACAGCAAUUGCUGAUGGAGCCGAGAUGCACAACGUGUUUGCCCAGAAUAUAUUCAUGAACUCUCUGACUUUUUAAACUGGACUUAAGUGGAUGUAUCGGGUGUAUUCAUGAACUGUGACUGCUGAUGCCAGCUCAUUGGGACCGGAGUGGGUGUAAUCGGCUUUAUUCAUGAACCCUUUGUCUGAGUCUGGGUACGGCCUGGAUGUUGGAUGCCCUGCGUGUGUUGAAUCGGCUGUUGCGGUGAUGAGGCAGGGCUCCUGGUGGCCUGUGUGGCUGGCUGGGCAGGGGCCCAAGGUGAUGUGAUGGGGUGCAGGAACAGUAAGGUCCUCCCUGAGCCUCCAGGGGAUGUUCAGUUGGACCUGGUCAAAAAGGUUGAUCCUCCCCCACCUCCUCAGACUGAUAUCUAUAAGCACUUCAUACGAGGGGAUGGCACCAGGAGCAAGAUGGGUGGGGCCGGUGGAGGUGGAGGUGACAAGGCUGGCUCCACCUCCCCUAAUCCGGCCCUGGCCCAUGCUGCCACUCCCACUGCCUCCGCCCCGCCCCCUAAGGACCCAUCCGAUCUGUCGGACCCUCAGCGGAAGAAGGUGGCAAAAUAUCGAGCAAAGUUUGACCCCCGGGUCACGGCCAAGUACGACAUCAAAGCUCUGAUAGGUCGUGGGAGUUUUAGCAGGGUUGUUCGCGUGGAACACAAGAGCACGCGACAGCCGUACGCCAUCAAGAUGAUCGAGACCCGCUACCGGGAGGGCAGGGAGGUGUGCGAGUCAGAGCUGUGUGUUCUGCGACGAGUCCGUCACACCAAUAUAAUCCAGCUGAUGGAGGUCUUUGAGACUGCAGAACGCGUCUACAUGGUGAUGGAGCUGGCCACUGGAGGAGAGCUCUUUGACCGCAUCAUUGCUCGUGGCUCCUUCACAGAGCGGGACGCCACGCGGGUGCUGCAGAUGGUGCUUGAUGGCGUUAAGUAUCUCCACACUCUGGGGAUCACUCACAGAGACCUGAAGCCGGAGAACUUGCUGUACUACCACCCCGGAGCCGACUCCAAGAUCAUCAUCACUGACUUUGGCUUGGCCAGUAGCAGGAAGAAAGGAGACGAGUGUCUGAUGAAGACGACCUGCGGCACGCCAGAGUACAUCGCCCCUGAGAUCCUGGUGAGGAAGCCCUAUACAAACGCUGUAGAUAUGUGGGCACUGGGGGUGAUAUCGUACAUCCUGCUGAGCGGAACCAUGCCCUUCGAGGACGACAACCGCAUGAGGCUCUACCGGCAGAUCCUCAAGGGGAAGUACAGCUUCUCUGGAGAGCCGUGGCCCAGCGUGUCCAACCUGGCCAAAGACUUUGUGGAGCGGAUUCUUACGGUGGACCCCAGCGAGCGGCUCACAGCUGGCCAGGCCCUCAAGCACCCCUGGAUCGUCAGCAUGGCCGCCUCCUCCUCCAUGAAGAACCUACAGCGCUGUAUAUCUCAGAACCUCCUGAAGCGGGCGUCCUCACGCUGCCACAGCACCAAGUCGGCGCAGUCCACUCGCUCCAGCCGCUCCACCAAAUCCAACAAAGCACGGCGGGUGCGAGAGAAGGAGCUGCGGGAGCUGAACCGGCGCUAUCAGCAGCAGUACAAUGGAUGAAACAGGGAGCAUGACCGCGAGCGACUGUAACGGACCUUUUUCUUUUGGGGGAAACAGCACUACAAUGAACUUUUACAAUAACCAGCGCCAUUCAAAGUUGCUGCCAGUGUUAGAGGCCAAAAUGGCUUCAAAAUCGAUUUAAAAAAAAAAGGGCAAUGACGUGACUAAACCCAGCAAAGGUAGAACUAAGGUUGAAAUGUAAGUGCUGAGAAUUCGUCUGGCGGCGUGCUCCUGAUGAGCACAGAGAAGGACACACCAGUAAAGUUUUGAACUCCCAAGGGUUACAUCAUCUCUCCAUCCAUUCCUCCACCUUUUCUCCGGCGGGAUGGUGCCUUCCACUCUUUGCUUUUGUUCUUUCAAUCCCUGUGUCUCUACAUAUUUAUUUAUUAUUGUUGACAUGAUUAUUAGUCUCCAUUCAAAUGGUCACUGGAUAAUGACCUUCCACGAGGAUCUGUUGAACAGAGUUCUGGGUACUGAAGUUUCUAGGAAGAAAGGGAUACUUUUAGAAGAGGGGAGGGGAAAACAAAUUCCCCUCACUCAUUCCUGAUUUAAAAUUGCUGUGAAUUUAUUAUUGUACUAAUUGUACAGACCUUGUCUUAAGAUGUGGGUGAUGCGAGCACAUUGCAACAAAACCACACCCUUGAAGGUCAAAAUGAAGGCGUAUUUUUUAGUAGUCACUUCUAAGCUUAUCUAAUCUUGCCAUUAUUGCUCUGUUUAUAUCAUUGUUCUGAAGCUGUCAAAAGAUUGUGAAGCUGUUUUGUGUUAAAUCUUCAAUGUAUUGCAUUAGAUAAUAGGCCACACAGCCCCGCUCCCAGUGAUUUUUAUACAUCAGUACAUUCAGUCAUGAAGCACCUGCCUUCGUGUUGAAGAGCAGUAUUCAAAUUAUUCACUGUUUUAUUAAGAGGAUGUGGCCGUAUAGGGUGUUGUGUUUUACAGUUUGUCUGUUACAGUGAGAGUGGCUCAUGAAGUUCAGGAUCUAUGUUGCAGGUUGCACCAGCUCCUUGUAAGUAAUGCAUACUAAGUGGCAAUUAACACACAUCUAGAUUAAAGCAUGUUGCACAAAGAUUGAAUAGCAAACAAAUCUGCAACUAGUGAAAACAUGCAUAACAAUGAAAAUAAAGAAAAAAGGCCUUAAUUUGUAAU